AUGCGUCUGUCACCCGCAGACGACUUAUGGAUCCAGCGCUUCCGACGCAUUCUGACGGCACUCCAAAUUGGAAAACGGAACGGUAGCAUGCACGCGCUAAAAGCUUACCUGUUUACGAAUGGUCGCAGGCGACGACCCUCAUCUGGACUUGGCAAAGAGUUUGGCCGUGCAGAUCUACUGCCUAUCGUCUGCAAUCCCAGCUUACUUCGCUGCGCCCACUGCUACCGCGCAUUCCGUUCAGAAGUCGCAAAAACCCAUGUAGUACACUGUUAUAACAAGGCAGUUCAAGGUGACGGUCACGUCCCCAAUGCGCUGGGCCGCAUUGUGGCAGCAGGUUGUUCUCCUGGAUUAAUUCGGUCACGCCAACUUCGUCAAGCCAGACAUUUUGUACUUUCGAAUACAGGUCUUGAUACAUAUCGCAGUAUGGCUAAGUACGCAGAAAUGUUGCUACAGCGGGCAAGAGCAAAAAGCUCUUGCCUCAAUACAGAAAUGAAGCAGUGCAGACCAGAAUCUGGAAAUCAAGAUCCGAAAUCCGUUGCGAACAACAACACAGCUUCGAAAUAG